AUGUCAUUGUCACUACAAAUAGAUAAAAAGGAAGAGGAGUGUUAUUUAAUAGAUCAAUUAUCAAAUCUAACAUUAUAUCAUAUUAUUGAUUCAAUAGACAAUGAUAUAGAUAUUAUAUGUUUUGUAUUGACUUGUAAAAGAUUAUUUAACUUUAUCAAGGAUCAACAAAAUAGAAGAAUUGUACAAUUCAAACAAGUUAAACUAUUAAAUGACAAGUAUAGUUUAAAUAGUGUAUGUCAUGCAAUAUUACUUGAUCAAGAGAGAUUUCGGCUACAGUCAUUCAAACCACAAUUACUACAAUCUGUAGCGACACAAUCAACCUAUGACAGUGGAUUAGCUUUACUCAGACGAUAUUUCGUGUCAAAACAUGGAGGAGGGCCUGAAAAGACAAAAGUAUAUAAUGGUACCAACCCAUUAAAUGUACCAUCAUCAUCAACUAUUCUAUGCAUGUCUAUUUCACCAAUUGAAAGGUGUACGUUGGAUAUGAGCAAGUUUCCACAAUUGGAGUAUUUGGAGAUUGACACACCUAUGGUCGUUCAUAUAGUGGAUUUUGUUGGUGGUGUGUUACCAGAAUCACUCCGAGUACUCAAAAUACCUCAUUUUGACCCGAAACUAGUUCGUCUACCACUUGGUAUUGAACAGUUUGAAUUGACAACCGAUCUAAACGACGUUGAACUCGAUCAGAAUGAAUACUACCAUAUCAUUCCUCAAAACAAGACAACUAUACAAGAUAUUAUGGAUUUUCAAUUUCACCAAUACAAAUCACUCACUAAACUCAAUUUAUCUUGUGCUGCUAUUGUCAAUCAUCCAAUGACUGGUGAGAUGAUCCAUAAAAUAUUUCCACCAAAUCUUACACAUUUGGAUCUAUUUUUUGAUUAUACAACCGUACCACCAAAACAUGAAACACAUCGGUUUCCAUGGCAAGCCAUACCAAAUAGUGUCACUCAUCUUAGACUUUAUUGGAUUACUUAUCCUUUGAAUUUAAGUGAAGUGGUCGAAUUGGACCAUCUCACCAAAUUGACCGAUCUAAUAUUAGUACAGUCUCCCCCAACUGUGGUACUCCCACCAUCCAUCGAAAAACUAUCAUACACUCGAUGCAGACUAAUCGACCCAACUACUCGUUUACAACUAUCACAUUUAAAUAAUCUCAAACAACUCAAUACCAAUUGUUUAGAUAAUAUGCAAUUAUUUCCAACAACACUGAAUAAUAAUGAUAAUAGUAAUAAUCUGAAACAUUCAUUAGAAAUAUUAAAUAUUAGAUCAAGAAUUGGAAAUGUAUCAUUCCCAGAUGUAUCAACAUUGGAUACUUGGAGUAAUAUGAAAGUUGGGUCGAUUCCAAGUUCGGUUAAAAUAGUAAAGAUUGAAGGUGCUCAAAAAUCAUUACCAAUUGGUGUAUUCCCAGAUACUCUUGAAGAAUUACACCUAGAUUCUUUUAAUGGAUAUGAUCCUUUAAUUAUCCCACAACAUUUAAAAGGUUUAUCACUAUUAUGUGGCAAGACUGGAUUCGAUCAGAAUAUUCCAAAUAGUUUAGAAUCUUUGACUUUAAAGUUAUCGACUAUAGACCAACCAUUUUCAUUACCACCCAAUUUAAAAUACCUUGCCUUUUUAAAUUGUGUCCCAAAGUCAUUUGGAACACAGUUUCCAGUUUCAGUAGAAGAGUUAAAAGUUAGAGUUGAAUCUACCCAAUAUUUCAACUUGUCAAGUCAUUUUGUUGAUAUGAAAGGAAAUCGACCCAAUGGUUUCAUCCCGCCAUCAAUCAAAUCGAUCAUAUUUACAAGUGAUUAUUCAUAUGGACAUUUUGCAUUUAGUGUUAGAUUAAAUGAUAUUUUACAGUCUUCAAAGAUUGAAAAAAUAACAUUUGAUCGAUUCAUAUUCCAUAUUCGUAGACUUGACAAUACCAAUUCCAAUGUACUCAUCAUCGAACAAGAGUCACUCUAUGGUGGUAUUAUAAACCUAAAAGAUAAUCCAGAAUUAUUCUUAAACUAUAGAUCAAACUUUGAUUAUAUAUCUAUUUCUCAAACUUCAAAAUUCCAACGAUAA